GGGGAGUGGGCGGGCCCGGCGCUCGGUCGUCGCGGCCCGGGCGCCCCGCGGCCGGGAAGGCUCGGAGGAGGCCGCCAGGUCGCCCCUCACCCCGACGCUGCCCGGAGGCCCCUGUUGGUGCCAGGACCAGAGCAUCGGACUGGGAUGGAGGGACGCCUCUAGGGUGACAGGUGUGGACACUCCGCCUGCUUUAUAAUCAUGAAGGAGACAGACCGGGAGGCUGUUGCGACAGCGGUGCAGAGGGUUGCUGGCAUGCUCCAGCGCCCGGACCAGCUGGAUAAAGUGGAGCAGUAUCGCAGAAGAGAGGCCCGGAAAAAGGCCUCCGUGGAGGCCAGACUGAAGGCUGCGAUCCAGUCCCAGUUGGACGGUGUGCGCACAGGCCUGAGCCAGCUCCACAGCGCGCUGAACGACGUCACGGACAUCCAGCGGUCCCUGGCUGACGUCAGCAGGGACUGGAGGCAGAGCAUCAACACCGUCGAGAGCCUCAGGGACGUGAAGGAUGCCGUUGUGCGGCACAGCCAGCUCGCUGCCGCCGUGGAAAACCUCAAGAACAUCUUCUCAGUACCAGAGAUUGUGAGGGAGACCCAGGACCUCAUAGAACAGGGGGCGCUCCUGCAGGCCCACCGGAAGCUGAUGGACCUGGAGUGCUCCCGGGACGGGCUGAUGUACGAGCAGUACCGCAUGGACAGUGGGAACACUCGCGACAUGACCCUCAUCCAUGGCUACUUCGGGAGCACGCAGGGGCUCUCUGAUGAGCUGGCCAAGCAGCUGUGGAUGGUGCUGCAGAGGUCACUGGUCACUGUUCGCCGUGACCCUACCUUGCUGGUGUCAGUUGUUAGAAUUAUCGAAAGAGAAGAAAAAAUCGACAGACGCAUACUUGACCGAAAAAAGCAAACUAGCUUUGUUCCUCCCGGGAGGCCCAAGAAUUGGAAGGAGAAGAUGUUUGCCAUCUUGGACAGAACUGUGACCACCAGAAUUGAGGGCACGCAGGCAGACACCAGGGAGUCGGACAAGAUGUGGCUCGUCCGCCACCUGGAGAUCAUAAGGAAGUACGUCCUGGAUGACCUCAUUGUUGCCAAAAACCUGGUGGCUCAGUGUUUCCCCCCCCAUUACGAGAUCUUCAGAACCCUCCUGAGCAUGUACCACCAGGCCCUGAGCACGCGGAUGCAGGAGCUCGCGUCCGAGGACCUGGAGGCCAACGAGAUCGUGAGCCUGCUGACAUGGGUACUGAACACCUACACCAGUGCGGAGAUGAUGGGGAAUGCAGAGCUGGUCCCGGAAGUGGAUGUUAACACCCUGAAGCCUUUGCUUUCUCCAGAUGUGGUCUCUGAGCUGCUUGACACAUACAUGUCUACUCUCACUUCGAACAUAAUUGCCUGGUUGCGGAAAGCCCUAGAAACAGACAAGAAAGACUGGCUGAAAGAGACGGAGCCCGAAGCUGACCAGGACGGGUACUACCAGACGACGCUCCCUGCCAUCGUCUUCCAGAUGUUCGAACAGAAUCUCCAAGUUGCUGCUCAGAUAAGUGAAGAUCUGAAAACAAAGGUACUAGUUUUGUGUCUUCAGCAAAUGAAUUCUUUCCUGAGCAGGUACAAGGACGAAACGCAGUCGUACAAAGAGGAGCACCUGCGGGACCGGCAGCACCCGCACUGCUACGUGCAGUACAUGAUCGCCAUCAUCAACAACUGCCAGACCUUCAAAGAGUCCAUAGUCAGCUUAAAGAGGAAGUACCUGAAAAACGACACGGAAGCAGGCGUGUCUCUGAGUCAGCCAAGCAUGGACGGGGUCCUGGACGCCAUCGCGAAGGAGGGCUGCGGCAGCCUGCUGGAGGAGGUCUUCCUGGACCUGGAGCAACAUCUCAGUGAGCUGAUGACAAGGAAGUGGCUGUUAGGGUCCAAUGCCGUGGACACUAUUUGUGUUACCGUGGAAGAUUAUUUCAAUGACUUUGCCAAAAUUAAAAAGCCGUACAAAAAGAGCAUGACGGCGGAGGCACAGCGGCGUGUGGUGCUCGAGUACCUGCGGGCCGUCAUGCAGAAGCGCAUCUCCUUCCGCAACGCGGAGGAGCGCAAGGAGGGCGCCGAGAGGAUGGUCCGGGAGGCCGCGCAGCUCCGCCACCUGUUCCGGAAGCUGGCCUCCGGCUUUAGUGAGGAUGCAGACGGGUACUGUGACACCAUUGUCGCCAUUGCAGAAGUUAUUAAGCUGACAGACCCGUCUCUUCUCUACCUGGAAGUCUCCACUCUGGUCAGCAAGUACCCAGACAUCAGGGAUGACCACAUCGGUGCACUGUUGGCUAUGCGGGGGGACACCAGCCGGGACAUGAAGCAGACCAUCAUUGAGACGCUGGAGCAGGGCCCGACCCAAGCAAACCCGAACUACGUGCCCAUCUUCAAGGAGAUCGUGGUUCCCAGUCUGAACGUGGCCAAGCUCCUCAAGUAGCCUGUUGGGCCCCAGCCUUGCUGUGAUGCAGUGCCCCUCCCCCACCCUUGGAAGUGCGUGGCAGCCAGAGUGACGUGAGACGCCCCAGUCCCGCACGCCUGCCUCCUAUGGGGCCGCGCUCAUGGCUUCUUGAAGAGCGAGCUCUCUGAUGGCCGUGGCUCUCCUGGCUUUCUCCUCUCCGUAAGGUCCUUUGUGAGGGGCUCUGGUGUGUGUCCCCCGUAACCCUUGGGUCUCCCCUCAUUUCUGCACAGUGUAAACACCUCUGAAACUCUGCUGCUCAAUAAAAGAGUCUAAACUCCUAUAGGAAAACGAA